CCGAGGCUGCAGGCUCAGCUGCUGUGGCCUCCGGACCCGGCACCUCUCCCCCCGCCAUGCUGCCUCCGGCCACGGCCUCCCUCCUGGGGCGCCUCCUCGCUGCCUGCGCCCUGCUGCCCUUCGCCCAGGGCCAGAACCCCAACUACACCAGACCCGUGUUCCUGUGUGGAGGCGAGGUGUCUGGGGAAUCAGGGUACGUGGCAAGCGAGGGCUUCCCCAACCUCUACCCCCCCAAUAAGGAAUGCGUCUGGACAGUUACGGUCCCCGAAGGCCAGAAGGUGUCUCUGUCCUUCCGCGUCUUCGACCUGGAGCAGCACCCCGCGUGCCGGUACGACGCCCUGGAGGUCUUCGCCGGGGCGGGCACUGCGGGCCAGCGGCUGGGCCGCUUCUGCGGCACCUUCCGGCCGGCGCCCGUCGUCGCCCCCGGCCACCAGGUGACCCUGCGGAUGACGACGGACGAGGGCACGGGAGGACGAGGCUUCCUGCUCUGGUACAGCGGGCGGGCCACCGCGGGCACUGAGCACCAGUUUUGCGGGGGGCGCCUGGAGAAGGCCCAAGGAACCCUGACCACGCCCAACUGGCCCGAGUCCGAUUACCCCGCGGGUAUCAGCUGUUCCUGGCACAUCAUAGCGCCCCAAGACCAGGUCAUCUCGCUGACCUUCGGGAAGUUUGAUCUGGAGCCGGACACCUACUGCCGUUACGACUCGGUCAGCGUGUUCAAUGGGGCAGUGACCGAUGACGCCAAGCGACUGGGGAAGUUCUGCGGGGACACUGCACCCGGGCCCAUCUCCUCUGAUGGGAACGAGCUCCUUGUCCAGUUCGUUUCUGACCUCAGCGUCACGGCCGACGGCUUCUCCGCCUCUUACCGGACGGUGCCUCGAGGUGCCGCCGAAGUCCCAGCCCCGAACCCGGGAGCCGAAGCCCGGCCCCGGCCUCCAGCCCCUCGCCCCGGCCCCAAGCCUGGACCGGGGCCCAAACCCAAACCCAAACCCAAGGACACACCUGAGGCUGCAGCCACUCCCGAGGGGCCCAGUACACCCAGUGUUCCCUGUCCCAAGCAGUGCCGGAGGAGCGGCACCCUGCAGAGCAACCUAUGUAGCAGCAGCCUGGUGGUGACAGCCACCGUGAAGUCAGUGGUCCGGGGCCCAGGGGACGGUCUGACUGUCACUGUCAGCCUCAUGAGCGUGUACAAAAACGGAGGCCUCGACCUGCCCUCUCCCCCCACUGACGCGCCCCUGAAGUUUCAUGUGCCCUGCAGGCAGUGUCCCCCCAUGAAGAAAGGAGCCAGUUACCUGAUCAUGGGCCAGGUGGAGGGCAACCGGCCCGUGCUCCCUCCCCAGAGCUUUGUGGUUCUCUACCGGAACAACCAGGACACCAUCCUCACCAACCUCAGCAAGAGAAAGUGCCCCCCGCAAUCUCUUAGGGCCACGCGGUCCCAGGGCUGAGACCCAAGUCCAGCCGCCACUAUCUGGGACCCUUUUGUCGUUCAACUAAACGAGAAAGGGGUCACAUCUCCAUGUCUAGGGUUUUGGAGGGGGACCCCAGUUUAGGGAUUUCUAGUCAUUGAGGUUUUUCCCAUACAGAAUAGUCUUUUCAGAACGUAACUAGGAACUCACCACCCCAUGUGCUCCAAACUCCCGUAUUCACCAUAUUCUCCCCCACUCGGUCCUGCUGCUAUGCAGGAGAUGAAUCUGUUCAUUCCCUUGAUUGUGGCGAUGUUCACAAUGAGUA